GAUGGUUUAGCACACAAACCUGGUACCAAGAAGUGCUUUUCUUUGUUUUAAGCAAACUGAAUAGGAUUAGUGUGUGCUUUUGAUUAUCAGAUUGGGUGGAGUUGAGCAUUCUCUGAUUGGAUUUCUACUUUUUACUCUCUACUACUGCUUGGUUUGCAGUUCUCUUUACUAGUUUGCUGCUGUGCUGCGUGAAAAAAAUCUACUCUACAAUGUUCGGAGGACAAUAUCAGGUCCAGGGAACAAUAUUCCCAAAUGCAAACUGCAAUCCGAUUAUGGAUGCACAAAUGAUUGGUGGAGCUCUUCAAGGUUUUGGCUGUGACAAGGAUGUUUUGAUUGAUAUUCUUACCCAAAGAUCUAGCGCACAAAGAAUUAUGAUUGCAGAAGCCUAUGGGAGUUUGUACAGCAGGGAUCUAGCUAAUGACUUGAGAGAAAAUCUUGAUGGGCACUUUAAGGAGGUCAUUGUAGGACUGGUGUACUCUCCUCCAGGCUAUGACGCGCAUGAACUUUGGCAUGCUAUGAAGGGAGCUGGCACAGAUGAAAACUGCCUCAUUGAUAUUUUAGCAACAAGAACAACAUCAGAUAUAUUUCAGUUGAAGGAAGCCUAUUUAAUGCAAUAUGGAUGCAGUCUGGACCAAGACCUUUACUCUGAAACCUCAGGACAUUUUAGAGAUUGUUUAAUAAAUCUGGCCCAGGCUGUAAGAGAGGAAGGCUAUACAGACCCUGGAUUAGCGGCUCAAGAUGCAAUGGUUCUAUGGGAGGCUUGCCAAAGGAGAACAGGCGAACACAAGAAUUUGAUGCAAAUGAUUCUAUGUAACAAAAGCUACCAACAAUUAUGGAUGGUUUUCCAAGAAUUCCAAAAUGUUUCUGGACAAGACAUAGCUGCAACUAUUGAAGAAUGUUACGAUGGCUACUUCCAACAGCUCCUCUUGGCCAUAGUGUCCUGUGUUCGAGACAAACCAUCAUAUUUUGCAUACAGGCUUUACUCAGCAAUACAUGACUUUGGUUUUCACAACAAGACCGUUAUAAGGACUCUCAUAGCAAGAAGUGAAAUAGAUCUGAUGACCAUCAGGCAAAAGUAUAAGGAGAGAUAUGGAAAAUCCCUCUACCACGACAUUAAGCAUUAUGCAUCAGGACACUAUGAAAAAGCCCUUCUUGCCAUCUGUGCUGGAGACAUACAGGACUACUGAAAAUUAAAUCCAAACUGGACAACAUUUGUUGAAGCAUUCUGAAUCAAAUGGUGUUACUUUUAAUAAUGAUUACAGCAGAAAAACUUUAAUCAGACUAUUAAGAGUGUAAACUGAUUGUAUUUCUGAUAAAAAAAAAAAAA